AGGUGGUGAAGCGCGUCGGCCCUCUUUGACCGGUCUCUGGUGCUGGGCUCUCCAUUCACUCCCCAGGCAGACGGCAGAACUGCCUCAUCUAUCCAAGGCUCCAGGGAGUUUCUCUCACUUUCCCUCACCUUCACGAGUGAUUCCCUACCUCUGACGCCACUCCUCUUCUUCUUCCUUCUCUUGUCAGCAAACCACUACACUCGCACCCUACAGGAUUUACUCCCUUCUCUCUCUUCCUCAUACUCUCAUCUCAGUUUGGCUCGCCCAACUACUUGCCCACUGCGAAUUCAAACGCCCAUGCAGAUCGCGUGGCCUCGUUCCUGACGAUGGCGGCGACCACUGAGGCACAAAGAAAUACGAAUAUCCACUUCGAAACGGAGGACAUAUGUUGUCUGGUCUCAGAUCCGUCUCGCGUGUGCUCUGUUGAGUCUACUCAUGAUGAUCCCCUAGUUUACCCGCCGGAGGACUACCUGAUCCUGUCUUAUCCAUCAACACCUGCGGAAGUUCUGGAGAAAUUCUUGCAGACCGAGGAUACCCCGCAAGGAUAUAUCUUUGUCCGGUUCGUGGAUAGAUCGCAGGGCUAUUCGCUGGUUCAUGAAAAUGAGCUUCGACUUCUCGACAGAGAAUCCCACAUUGGGGAUAUCGUCAAAUGUCAAGCGCACGAUGCGAUGUGUGGCAGGGUACUAAGCUGCCGGACUAAAUACACUCUGGAGCCUGUUGUGUCUCUCUCCAGCAACUUACUAACAGGGGAACAUGGCUCGCUUAUGUUUAAAGAUAAGCCGAAGUGUCUCAGCCCCAACAUAAUGCCACCCAUGGACCAGCUACGACCUAACUUGCUACAUGAUGUUGUCGUCUCCGACAUUGAGUCUUAUGAGCCAUUCGCCGUCGGAGACCACAUCAUAUAUCAACAGAAGCUUGGGGUCAUCCGGCAGGUUGAUCGAGAUCCUGUGUUUUUGACAGAGAAAAGCGAGGUCGUCACCCUCUACAAUCCAUUGAACGUCGAAUGUCCAGUUUGGUUCGACCCUACAAGGCUGGUGUGGAUGCCGCGCGGUGAAGAGAUCACUAAACUGUCAGAGGUUGCCGGAGCCGAGCUAGUAUACAAGGACCCUGGUCAAGUCUAUCCUGGCCGAUCUGCCUGGGUCGAUUCCGCUAACAUGUGCGAAGUCUAUGGUGCUCGUACCAAGAACCUAACUCGUGGUCGUCAGCAUGUCCAUACGUUGGCUACACCAGCUUCACAGUACCAUGUCAAGUGGAUGAUGCCAAAUGCGUUCGGGAUUGGCAUAGACAAAGAUACAGUCACCGGGGGGACGGAGAUAAUCAGAGCAUCUUUGUUCAAGAAGUAUGCGGUCAAGUGUGACUUCGGGCGGGCCCCGACGAACAAGUCCAGCGAGGAGGAACUUCAGCUGAGGCCUACCUGCUUGAUGAAACUGGGGAGUGUAGUGCGCUUCCGUGACACGGUUGGAGCGGCUGCAAAAUACCCUCACUAUCGUCAUGUCCCAGCGGAAUAUUCGUACGGAUAUGAUCUGAAUAUCUUUCGCAUUGUUUCAUCCCAGACAGAUACGACGGUUCAGUGGCAAAACGGGAAGGUCACCAUAGAGAACGCCAUAUCUCUACAUACGCCAAGUCCCUAUCCCGCAGAAGAGGUCUUUCCUGGAGAUUUGACUGUUCUCAAAGACUCAGUUCAAGCAUUUCCUUCGACCGGGAAUGAUAAUAGAUGUUCAUCAUGCUUAUCGCUUCAUACACACCACGUGGGCGUUGUUCAAGAGGUGGAUAGUCGAGAACGCGUAGCAUAUGUUCGAUGGUACGACGAGGCAACUGUUGAGCUCCCGCUACACGGAUUCUGUCUCAACCACGAACACACUCGACUGGAAUCCUUGAACAGCAGGAGUACUCCAGUAUCGCUCUAUGAGCUCGCCUCUUUCCCCGCCUUGCGUAGGUCACCAGGGAGACUUGUGCAUAUUAUCCCGAGUACUAUACACGCAUCUGUGUUGCAAGCUCUACGGGUGAGCCCUGCGUCUGACAAAAGCGCCGAUCAUUCGAGCCAUGCAGCUUCCAAGCACUUCGACGCUAUCCGGAGCUACCUUGAGAAAUCGAAGAGAGAUAUCGUUCGUACUGCAUGGUUUAAGAGCACGAUCGCGGUUGACAACUCUCCGGCACCUACGCGCCUCAGUAUUCACUACGAAGACUUCUGUUCAAGGUUACAUGCGAACUUUGUCGGGAUGAUCGUGAAACCCAACAUCGAUGGGACCGUCACGGUGCGCUUGACUCACGGAGAUUCAUGUGUGGAUAUUGAAAUGCCAACGGAGAGGAUUAUAUUGUCAUAUCCUUGUGAAUGUGAAGAAAUACCUCCUAAUGGGUCUUCGGCUCUGAACGACGAGUCAGAAGAUCCCGACACAGAUGAUACCGAUAAUGACGAUGUCACUGAUGAUGAUGAUGAUGAUGAUGAUGAUGAUGAUGCCAACUGCCACGGAGUCUCUCAUGGGAAGGAGGGAGGGCUUCAACACACUUCGAAAGAUGCACUGGAAGACAUCGAGGAGGUCCCAUAUUAUCAUGUCAGUAUUGCAGAUGCUGAAGGAGACAUGGAAAUGAGUGGGACAGAUCCAUCCGGAUCAUCGCCUCCGCCAGCGUUCCUCGUACUCGAAGGACCCCCACCCUCUGAUCAUCAUUUCAUCUCGAGUGAGCCCGCGGGGAGUUCCAGCUUGAGUAUCAAGCGCAUACAAAAGGAAUGGAGGGUCCUCAAUACAUCUCUUCCUCCUGGCAUCUAUGUCCGUUCAUGGGAGUCGCGCGUGGAUCUCAUCAGGACUCUAAUUGUUGGGCCUGUGGGCACUCCGUACGAGCAUGCGCCCUUUGUGAUCGACUUCCACCUCACGGAUAAAUUCCCAAGCAAGCCCCCCGUCGCUUUCUUUCACUACUGGUCCAUCAUCGAGGCAGAAGUCAAUCCUAAUCUGCACCUUGAUGGCCAGGUUUGCCUCAGUCUCUUGGGUACCUGGCCUGCACAGAACCCAGAUGAGGUUUGGUCUUCUUCCAAGUCUACCCUUCUCCAGGUCAUGGUUUCCAUCAUGGGCUUGGUCUUGGUCAAGCGUCCGUUUUACAAUGAGCCUGGCUUCGAAACCCUUGCUACAGACGAGGAGAAGCGGAUUGACUCGAUUCAAUACACCGAGAGAGCGUUCCUACUGACACGGAAGCUGAUGAUAUAUGCUCUGGCACACGAGGUGUCUGGGUUCGAAGACGUUACCUCGUGGCUAUACUUCCCGGCGCCCACGACCGCGCUGAACAUGAAUCGUCCUCAUCUGAUCCGUCGAGCCAUCGAAGAUGCGCUGGCAAUGAUUGAGCAUCACCACCGCAACUCCCCGGGCCAAGACUCAAGUGCUGAAGAAGCUUCUCCAUACAUGUCGCGGCUCAGCCUUGGGGCGGUGGUCAUGCUUCAGAAGCAUAUCGCAGAUUUGGAGAAACUUCAUGUAAUAUGGCUUGAAGCUCUUCGGGAUCAUUGUGGACAUGAGCCAGAGCUGUAAUCUCUGAGAGCCCCUUAUGGCUGUGGAGACCCAGUGGAAGUAUGUUCUCAGUGAUUCUCGAGCGACAUAUUUGUUGUUUGCUAGAUCUGAUGUAUGUACGAGUCAAGUCCGUGCUCGUGAUUGUUUUUUUAGGCAAC